CGCCACACCUGGUGAACGAUUUCAAAGAUUCAACCAUGAUUCAACGAAUCAGUCAGAAAAGUAAUCGGACUACAAGUCGCUACAAGUUCAAUCAACAGUUGGGACCCCUCCAGCCAGAUUCCAUCCAAUUCUAUCACCAUUACCCAAACUUAGGGUGGAUGUGGGAGUAAUAAUAGAUUAUAUCUGAUGUGCCCGAAAUUAUUGACCAGGGUCAAAAGGAUUUUCAUCUUUUGCCACACGUGCCCAAAAUGCAAUAAAUUGAUAAGCCGAAGUACAUUGAAAUCAGAUUGAAUCUGUUGGGAACAUAUAUGCCUUUAGAUACGAGUCUUUUGCAGGUUUUUACUUAGGAAGUUACAUAGGAGUUACGAUUUCCACUGUUACACCUGAAUGGCAUAUUGAGGAGGUAAAACAAUUAGUUUUUUUAAAAUUUCCUGACCCUCGAUCGAUCAAAUUUGGCAUUAUAUAAUAAUGCAGCAUUCAGAGAAAAAGUGAGUGCCUUGCCAACAAGUGAUAUCAAGAUUAAGAAUUCUGGUUGGAUUUUAACCCUGACGUACGGUUUUUGAAGGACUUCGUUUGAAUGUUAGAAAUGGAAUCCAGAAAACUCAAGAUUUUAUAUGGCAGCCAGACUGGAACAUCUCAAGAGGUAGCAGAAAGAUUCUGGAGAGAUUCUAAAAGAUAUUACUUUCAAGGGCCUGUUCUGGCUUUGGAUGACUAUCCAGUUACCCAAUUAAUUUUCGAGAAGCUGAUUAUAUUUGUUUGUUCAACUACUGGUGAUGGAAAGGAGCCAGAUAAUAUGAAAAAGUUUUGGAAGUUUUUGCUGAGGAAAAAUCUUCCUCUUGAUUCUUUAAAAGGAUUAAGGUUUGCUGUUCUGGGCUUAGGUGAUUCAUCAUAUACAAAAUUUAACUAUGCUGCAAAAAAGCUGUAUCGUCGCUUGUUGCAAUUAGGAGGAGUAGCAUUAUUGGACGUUGGCCUGGCAGAUGAUCAACAUGACCUAGGUCCUGACGCAGUGAUUGACAAAUGGUCUGAACAGUUAUGGAAAACAUUGGGUGAAAUUUUCCCACUACCUAAUGGAACUGAGCCACUUAGUAAAAACAAUUUAUUUUCAGCAAGAUGGACCAUUAAAAUACUGAAUACAGAAUCAGAAAAUAAUGACAUAGAAGUAAGUGACAUAAUUUGGAUACAAAAUUGUGAAAAACACACAGCAUCAUUAGAAGAAAACACAUGCUUACUGACCAUAAAGAAGAAUAUUAGAACUACAGCAGAAAGUCAUUUUCAGUUCUCAAACUCAAAACUGAUUUAUGAACCUGGAGAUGUUCUGUAUGUUCGACCACAAAAUUCAGAAAGCAGUGUUACAAUGUUUUUUGACAUUGUGUCAGAAAAUCCAAAGGCUAAACUGAAUCCUUAUAGCCUCAUUAGUGUUUGUGAAACAAGUUCUGAUGCUCCUGUACCUGAAGUUUUGCAACGUCCACUGACUUUAAAAGCGUGUGUAAAACAGUAUUGGGAUCUCAAUAUGGUGCCUCACAGAUUUUUCUUCAAACUCUUAUCACACUUUACUACAAAUGAACUGGAAAAGGAAAAAUUAGAAGAGUUUGUAUCUGUAGAAGGACAACAGGAAUUAUUUAACUAUUGUAAUAGGCCGAGGCGGACCAUUCUGGAAGUUUUAGCAGAUUUUCCUAAUGCUGCUGCAAACAUUCCUUUGAAUUAUCUGUUUGAAUUAUUGAGACCGAUUAAACCUAGAGCAUUUUCUAUAGCAUCAUCUCCUAAAAAACAUGAAGGAGAAUUGCAUUUACUGGUUGCAGUGGUCAAAUAUAAAACUAAACUUUUCCUUCCUCGACUUGGUUUGUGCUCUAAUUGGUUAGCCUCUCUAAACGAGCAUUAUUCAGCUCCAGUAUGGGUUAAAAAAGGAACAUUCAGAUUCCCUUCUACAUUGGAUACUCCUGUAAUAAUGGUAGGUCCAGGAACGGGUGUUGCUCCAUUUCGUAGUUUUAUCCAAGAGAAAGUUGCUUUGAACCAAGCCAGAGCGGAUUUACUGUAUCUCUUCUUUGGUUGCCGAAAUCAUGAUGGAGACUUCCACUGUAGAGAUGAAUGGUUAACGUACGUGCAACACAUUAUGAAAGAGCAAGCUGCUUUGUUGUGGUCUCUAUUUUCAUCUCAGCAAGCUUCUUUUUAUUUGGCUGGAAGAUCAGAUAACAUGCCAGCUGCAGUAAAAGAUGUACUUAUUAAUGAUGUGGCCUGUUCUUAUGGACAGCUGUCUUCUGAGGAAGCUAGUCAGUGGUUAGCAAGGUUAGAAGCUUGUGGAAGAUAUCAGGUAGAAACAUGGUCAUAAAACAUUGUAUACAAAAUAAAUUCAAUAAAAGUAUUAAAUUGUACUUGCAAAUUUUACAAUUCUUUUAAUAACAAAGUUGAGGUAAACAAAGAACAUCUUAAUCCUGGAAAUUUUGAAAAUAUCAUUUUUAAUUCCAACUUGUUUCAUGGAUAGAGUUUUCAGAACAUUGCCAAAUCACAGCCUUAUUCUGAUCAAUGAUUUGUAAUUCUAUGCUUCAAUCAGUCUGAUGGGAACCCAUACACUUUUAAUGUCCCUGCAUCACGCUUACGAUCAUAUGUAUCUUUAUCAUCACAAGCAAAUGCAAGUAAGUACUGACUAGGAUGCCAUGCUACUGUAAAAGUAGCUGCUUCCACUGGUAUGUCAACAACCUUUUCUCCAGUCUCUACCUCACCAACAUCAAUCACCAAGUCUUCAGAUGCUGAUGCUAAUAACCGUCCAUCAUGGCUGAAACUGAUGGUUCUUACUGGCCAAUCCAAUCUUGAAAAUGUACGCAAGCAUGCCAAUUCUUCUACAUCCCACAAUGAAACUAAAGCAUCUGCAGAUCCUGUUGCAAAAUAACGGCCAGUGGGAUCCAACUCUAUACAAAUACAGGUACCAGGAUGAGCUUUCAGCACUUGUUGUAACUCCAAGUCAGGAUAGCUCAAUAUAUGAAUGCAUCCUUGCCCAUUAGUUAGAAAAAAUAAGUUACUCUGUUUAUUCCAAGCAAUUUCAUUAACUUCAAAAUUAAAUUGUUCUUCAGCUUUUAUUUUGUGUGUUCUAGUGUCUAUAAACGUAACCAAAUCUUCUUUAUUGCCUACAGCUAUGGUGUUACCAUCUGGUGUCCAUGCAAUAUUGAUAUUCUCACCUUUCGUCACAAUAGUUGCAGCACAUUUUUGUGAUCGUGUAUCCCAGAUGCGGACACUUUUAUCGCCACUUGCAGUACUAAGCAAGUCUGUAUUGAACGAAUGCCAGCAGAGUUGAUCGACACUUCCCCCAUGACCGCGAAACGUAAAUUCUUUAUUCUGAAGAACAAAAAAUGAAAGCAACACAAAAAAUUACAAUAGACUUUAUUUUAAAAUUUACAAAUAAAUACUAACCAGCCUAUCUCUAUCCAGUGUGAAAAUGGAAACUGAUUUAUCAAAUGAACCCGAAGCCAACCGGCGCCCAUCACAACUCCAGCCAACCGAGUGUACUUUUGAAGUGUGAGCCUGGUAUUCCCUUGUUUUAUUGUGGCUCUUGAAAUGUUCUUGUAGUUCAUCAAUCUCACUGAAAAAUGCCAUAACCGCAUUUAAAUUAUUCGCACUGAAAGCAUCAUCACUCGAUUGUGAUCACUUGGCCCAAUCCAAUCCUAUCACAGAACAAAGAAGGAACAUACAUCUCGUUGGACGUGCUUCUACCACUGCAACUGUCGCGGGAUACAGUUGCCGUGGAGGUAAGAGAAUGCUUGAGUUGGUAUUAAGAGAUCAGUACAAUUGUAGUAUUAUGAAUAGUUAAGUAUUAUAAUAUUAUUGCAGAAUAAGUAAAAAAUGUCGUAUUUCAAUAUUGUUUGAAAAGCAACGAGAAGUGCUGUUCUGGUCACCUUGUAAUUAAGGCUAAAAUGCAACCUGUGAAAAUUGGGACUCGUGUGGGCAGGGGUAUGCAUAAGCGACUGUCGACUUACUUUUUGUAAUUUUCGUUUCGUUUUGUGUGGGCAAAUACAAACAUUUCCAGAAAUCAAUAUUUGCCAGGGUAGGGAAACUUGCCGGUCAAAACGGGGUAAUGAUUUUUGCGCCAUCUACAACAGUUCGAACGUGAGCGAACUAAACGUGUG